CACGGGGGCCGCAGCCUUUCUUGAGGGCCAGGUGGGGAGGGAGAGGGCGGGCUGGGCCUGCUGACGUCACAAACAGCGCACGGACCCCUCGGGCGAGGGGGGAAUGUGGGGCUGCUUGUGGCCAUGGGCUGCUGCCAGGACAAGGAGCAGAACGAGCACAAGGACAACAGGUCGGAGGAUGGGGAGGACGACGGGGCCAAACAGGAACUGAGGCGCCAGGAGGGCGACAUGGAGACGUCGGAUGAGAAGAAGCACAAAUCCAACGACAGCCUCCUGAUCACCGUGCUGUGGCGGAGGCUCUCCAUGUUCAGCCGUCGGGGGUCCUCGCGGACCACCAGGCCGUCGGUCGAGAGUCAAAAGCUGGGGCCUGCGCUCCAGGAAAUGAACAAAGAGGGCAUCGAGGAGGAGGAGUCGGAGGCAGAGGCAGAGGCAGAGGCAGAGGCGGAGGAGGAGGCGGAGGCAGAGGCAGAGGCGGAGAAGGAGAAGGGAUGACCCCCCCAGCCCUGCUCUCAGUCCGCCGUUAGCCCCCAGAAAAUAAAAUUUGUUCACUUGCACCCGCCUAAGGGCUUGGACCUCCGCGGCACGGGA